AGGGAUCAUUUCAGCGCCAGUCGGGCACCGAAGCUCAAAGGCUGGCUCCCAGGAGCGGGCGAGCAAGAAGGGGACUCACUCCCUGAGACCAACAAAAGAGCUUCAUUGAGGGGCUGCCUUCCCUAGCACCGGGCGGGGGGUAAAGGGAGAAGGACAACCACUCAGACCGCCUCUCCCCGACUGACUCCAGGAUGAAAAAACUGGCAGCUCUCACUGCUUUUGCAUCUCUGAAUGUGUAUGCCAUAAAUGAAGAAGAAUCCCCCCAAAAGACUCUGAAACCAAGUCAGCUCCCUAUUUAUAAUGCACCAUCUCUCCAUUCUAAGUACAUUGAAGAGCAGCCUGGCCGCUUACAAACGGGCAUUGCUUCCAUCCGAACUACAGCCUGGCAUUAUGUUGGCUGGUGCAAAGGUAUUUAUGUUUGGAUGAAAAAUGGAAUAAUGGAUACAGUACAGUUUGGGAAAGAUACAUAUGUUUAUCUGAAGAAUCCACCUCAAGAUUUUCUUCCCAAAGUUGGUGUGAUUACAGCUUCAGGACUGGUAGGCUUGAUUUCAUCAAAAAACGGCUCUAAAUUUAAGAAAAUUGCUUAUCCAUUGGGACUGACCACUUUAGGAGCAUCUGUUUGCUACCCAGCUCAGGCGAUAGUAAUUACCAAGGUUACGGGGGAAAAGGCACGUGCAACAAGCCAGCAGAUUUAUGAAGUGCUCGGGUCAUGGUGGACAGAAAACUACGUGCAAAAAGGAGCUGAACUCAAAGAAGAAACUAAACUUAGAAGAGAGAUCAGACUUGAAACACCUGCAAAGAUGGCAGCAACAGGAUCUAGCGCAUCCACAUUCAGCGUUGAGGUGGCAAGCAAACUAGAACCAUCCUCAGCAGGUGCUGUUACAGCCACACAGUUUAAGGCUGACCCCAAGCUCAUGGAUCACGGUCAGUCCAAUCCAGAAGAUGUAGAUAUGUACAGCACUAGAAGCUGAAAUAAACUGCAUACAGAUCUUCAAGAAAUAGAAAGCUUGGCAAAUGACAAAAUAACAAUGGAAAGAUCAUAUAACUGUGCCCCAUAGGCUAUAUAGUUUAAUCAGGUAUUUUCUUAAAUUUUCAUUCAAAAAUUCAUACACAGUUCACUAACUCAUCAUCCAGACAGACUCUGAAAGCAAUCAAAGUAAUACUCAAUGAUUGACACCAGAGUUGAAGUUGGUGUCAUCAGGCUGCAUUUGAUGCCAUACAGUGGAGCUCACUUUACACAGAAGACAGAAUAAAGAUAUAAGCAUCACAGAGUCUUUGACAUUUUAAAUAUAUCUCUGAUUUAGCUGCCCUCUUAAUAUGUCAGCUAAGCAAGAAUCCUGGGUAAAUGUUUUCUUUCAUUUUACACUUUGGAGGUUUGGAGCCAAAUGUUCACAUUAAAGUACUAGGACUUGAUGUUGGCAUUUUCAACCAUCUUUAAAUGUCAGAAACCAUCUCUGGCUGCUGCAUUUGUCUAAUAUAUUGCAUUUCUUUAAUAUAUAUUUAAGCACCAAGAACAGAUCUUUUCAACAUCCUUUAUUCUUACAAGUAAUUGAAAUAAAAUAAAUUUGUGUGA